CCUUCUUAAAGUCAAGGUCAGCAGCGUGGCAAUAGAUUGUUGACCUACUGAAAUAGUUGAAGGAAUAUUCAGUUAUGUGGCUCACAGACGACAACUUCUUCUUCUCUUUUACCUUUUAACUAUAUUAUUAAUUAUUAAAUUAUGUGUUCCUUAUUGAGUAACAAAUUUAAAUUAAAUCGGGCGAUUAAAAAAUUACUUAUGUGACAACCAUUUUUCAAAAAAAAAAAUGAUUGUUAGACUGCGACCAAAACAACUUCCGGUGUGAAAAUAAAUUAUGAUACUCAAAAUUGUGAUACUUUGUUGGGUUAUAAUUUGUUUAACAACGAUGUUAUUCUACACUGAACAUUUCUACAUAAACAUUUUUAAAACCCAGGAUUUCACGGAAGAAAAUUAUGAUACCCGAUCGUUUUUAGAGAGAUUGAUCUAUCUAGAAAGACAAGAGCACGUGUCAGUAAUGUGCCGUUCGUUCAAGUUACCAAAGGACGAUGAUGAUUACCAGCAAGCCAUCAACGACAGCAUACUUUUGGACCACAUUCUGGUCGACAAUCGACAUAAGCUGCUCUAUUGUUACGUACCAAAGGUGGCGUGCACCAAUUGGAAACGAGUGUUCAUGGUGCUGUCGGGGAACGCGCAGCCAGGGGCGCCGGACCUGUUACAGAUCCCAGCGGACGUGGUGCACAAGCCCAGCACGCUGGACAGGCUGAGCGACUACCCGGCGGCCCGGGCGGCCGACAUGCUGGCCACGUACACAAAGUUCCUGUUCGUCCGGCACCCGUUCGAGCGGCUGCUGUCCGCGUACCGGAACAAGCUGGAGCAACGGCACCAAGAAAGUUCUCGGUACUUCCAGUCGCGGUUCGGGCGGCGCAUCAUACGGCGGUACCGAGCUAACGCCACCGAGCAGUCGCUGCGGGACGGCGACGACGUGACGUUCGCCGAAUUCGCCGCAUUCGUGGCGGACACCCGUGACACGGUGUUCAACGAGCAUUGGGCGCCUAUAGACAGGCUGUGCCGGCCGUGCGCCGUCAACUACGACUUCAUCGGCAAACACGAGUCGCUGUUCGAGGACUCAGACUACCUGCUCCGGCAUGUUGUGGGUGCGACCGACGUCCGGUUCCCGAAAGGUCCCGACUCCAACACGUCCACGCAGCUUGUCAAGUACUUCACACCGCUGGACCACGACACCGUGCUCAAGCUGUACAGCACGUUUGAGCUCGACUUCAAGCUGUUCAACUACAACUUGCAAAACAUCUUCGGCUACGAAGUGGGCUAACGCUGCCACUGCACAGGUAUACCAUGACUACGCUGCAGCGAUGAUACCUAUAUACCUGCAGCUAACGCAUAAUUAUGCGUAUCUACUAAAAGUGCAGUACUCGUUGCACACAACUGCAGAGUGCAGUUGAUGCAUAAUAUCAUCAUCAAUAUAUUAUUAUUUUCAUUAUUAUAUUAUUAUAUUUACUGCAUACACCAUCGCGAAAAUACCUGCCAAUGGAUUUUCGAUAUCCUUAUUAUGUGGUGUACCUUGUAAGGUGUGCCUAUCAUGUAUAUUAUAUAAAAAAAUACAUUAAAAUAUUAUAAAUUAUAACUAUUAAUUAUUAAUUAUUAUACUUUUUGAUAGAUGUAAACUAAAAAAUUAAAAAUAAACAGGCUAAGGUUGUGAUAGGAGAAAUAUAUUAUGUGAUAGCAGGUUGUAAAUAAGUGGCAGUCACUAAGAAAUUACCAAGUAAAAACUCAACUAAAUUCUUAGAAAAUUUCAUGAUUGUGAUCAAAAACUAACACAAAGAAUUUUUUAUUGAAUUCUCAUGAAAAAUCUAUGAAUCCCAUAGUCAUAUAUAUUUCAAAGACCUUUACACUCUUAGCUUUUAUGUUUUAUACACAUAGUUUUUUUUAAGGGAGAACAUUUUAAGAUUUUCCUAAGAAUAUUCAUGAAUUUGGCUGCGACAAUGUUAUAAUGCGUUCAUGUGUCUGUAUCUCGUCCAGCGCAAUAUUCUCAAUCCCUUCACAAAGUAUGUAUUACUAUACCUAUUGUACGACAUUUUCAUUCUCCAAAUGCAUAGUUUCUCUCACAUGAGCGUUAAAAGGAUAACUUCCGUGAAGUGCACAAGGCCGAGCAGGCGGCAAAGUGCAUGAAAUUGAUUUCAAUAUUUAUAUACAGUGUACACUGUACAGUCACCACUAAACGUACAUAACAUCUUCUCAACGCGGUUAGAAAGACUGCAUGACAGCCAUUUCAUAUGUCUGCUUUUCAAUAAUAAUAGUACUAAUAAAAAAAAACAAUAAAUUAUGAUGGGCGGGCAGCAGUCGCGGUCGUCGACAUUAUUCAUAACCAUCUUGUGAAUAUACCUAUACAUUUUGAUAAAUUAUUAAAAUAAUAUAAUGUAUUUCUAUUUAUAACAUGGGUAUUUAGUACCUAAUUUAAAAAUAUUAAAUAUAUUUCGAAUUGUUAUGUCACACAAUAUGUUAUUAUAUAAUCGCUUAUUAACUUAUUGUGUCAAGCCUGUGUUGUAAAUAUUUUUUUAAAGUUUCUAAAAGUGUUCUUUUUUUAUACUUUCAUUGUGUCUUAUUCUUUAGCUAAUCCACUUAGAUAAUACUAUAAAAAUAGUUAUCCGUUAAGAUUUUUUUAAAUUUUUAUUCGUUAAACCCGCAUUAAUAAAAAUAUCAUUGUUUGUAUGCUUUUU